AUGAAGAAAUUGAAAAGUGUUCAAACCCUCGAGGCUCAACCUAGUAUCAUAGACCUGGCUUGCUCAGGUGUGGGUGAGCCGCUUGCUCGGCUCACCUUUUUUUCCGGCUUACCGGCUCAACUCAGCUCACCUUUUUUUUUCCGGCUCACCGGCUCAGCUCAGCUCACUUUUUCUUCUCUGCUUGUUUGCUCGGCUCACCUGUCUGGAUAUUUGUCGGCAGUGAGCCUGGCUCACCUGGAUAUUUUUGCUAGGCUUUCAAUACAAAAAGGUGUAGAAGAAGCUUAUCAAUUUUGUUUAUCAUUAAUUAUGGUUGUCAGGAAGGAAUUUGCGGUUUGUUUCCAGACUAAAAAUGAUCAUCCACAAGCUACUUGA